AUGACAACAUAUAUCACCAAGAGCAAAAACGAUUACUUCCUGAGGCGCGAUCACAUUACCCCGCGAGUCGCCCGCCCCCUUCCACGCCACUGGUCGCCCGCCCCCUUCCACGCCCCUGGUCGCCCGCCCCCCUCCACGCCACUGGUCGCCCGCCCCCUUCCACGCCACUGGUCGCCCGCCCCCUUCCACGCCACUGGUCGCCCGCCCCCUUCCACGCCACUGGUCGCCCGCCCCCUUCCACGCCACUGGUCGCCCGCCCCCUUCCACGCCACUGGUCGCCCGCCCCCUUCCACGCCACUGGUCGCCCGCCCCCUUCCACGCCACUGGUCGCCCGCCCCCUUCCAUGCCACUGGUCGCCCGCCCCCUUCCACGCCACUGGUCGCCCGCCCCCUUCCACGCCACUGGUCGCCUGCCCCCUUCCACGCCACUGGUCGCCUGCCCCCUUCCACGCCACUGGUCGCCUGCCCCCUUCCACGCCACUGGUCGCCUGCCCCCUUCCACGCCACUGGUCGCCUGCCCCCUUCCACGCCACUGGUCGCCUGCCCCCUUCCACGCCACUGGUCGCCUGCCCCCUUCCACGCCACUGGUCGCCUGCCCCCUUCCACGCCACUGGUCGCCCGCCCCCUUCCACGCCACUGGUCGCUCGCCCCCUUCCACGCCAUUGGUCGCUCGCCCCCUUCCACGCCACUGGUCGCCUGCCCCCUUCCACGCCACUGGUAG